AUGGCCGACCGUAUAAACAAAAUACUCCAGGGAGGUACCACCCGGAAAUCGGGUGGAGAAUCCUCCACCGUCGCACCGGGCAAGCCGGGGGCGGUCAGCCCCGUGUAUCUGGAGGGGGCAACCGAGGCCAGAGGAGAGGGAGAGAUGGGGAAAAAGAGAGAGGUGAAGGUGGUUGUGGAGAGAGAUAGGGAGUUAGAUCGGAGGAGUGUAAGUGAAUGUGAUGAGAUGGAAUAUUACAUGGAGCGAUCGGAUUCGGCGCUUUCAUUGUACUCGGAGGAUGACGCUGUAGGAGGAAGCGGGCCCAGCACAUCCCGGGCCUCGCUACGCAAAAGAAGGAUGGUCGAACUGGACAGAGACCAGGACUUGGAAACUGAUGGGGUGGAAGUUGUCGAAGUCAUUAAGACUCCAACUGUUAAGACCAGGAAGACGCCCAUAAAGGGCUACACGGAAAUGACACAGGCGCUGGCUGAUCUGACUGCUGCUGCUGUUCAAUAUGAUUCGCAGAGGGAGACAGCAGCCGCGGUUAAAAAAGCGGGUGCUCUGAAACCGGCGGCGCGCCCUACCACCCGCAGACCCUCAGAUGAGGAUGCGCAGCGCGCUGACGUGUUGGUAGCGAACAUACAGGAGGGUGCCUUCAAGGUCCUAGAGGCUGUAAAGAAGUCCGGUCACUUGAAGGGCACAGUGGUGAAAGAAAUUAAGGACGCCGUCGCUUCCAUCCGCGCGGCGUCUGAAUCUUUAGAGGGAAGGACUGCGUCAACUGAGUGCGCAGCAUUACGAAGAGAGAACUCCCGGUUGUCGCGAGACUUGGCGGACAUGCGGGAAAUGAUGACUGCCAUGAGGGAGGAGUCCGCCAAGUACUACGUGGAACUGAGGGAGUUAAAGAAGAAGACCAUGGGGUCCGCCGCUCAGGGCAUGGAGGAGCUGGCGAUGCUCAAGGCGGAAAGGGUGGAGUGGGAGCGAGAAAUCACCGCGACCCGCAACUCCUAUCAAGAGCUGAUUAAAAGGAGCACGGACGAUCGUGUAGCGCUCACCACGCUACAAAAUGAACUGGAGGUAACCAAAGCCGCACUGGCAAAACAGCCACAAAGUGCGGCCAUGGACGUGACAUCCGGCGCUCAAGGUGUUGAGUCGAGCGAAACGCCACCCAUCACCGAGAGCGCCGAGGCAAGAAUAGUCCGUCAAAUCGGGGACAUUUUUAAUGCCCGGUUUGAGAAAAUCGAAGAGCUUAUGGGCAGGCAGAACAACCCGCCGCCCAAACGGCCCACGGUCACACCCCGAACACCUGGGGCGGCCAAGAAAGGGGGAAGUGCGGCUUCUGUUGCCAGCACCAGUGGGGCGGGACUGAGUGCUUCUCAGCCGGCUCCCACUAACAAGGAACAAUGGACGACGGUCGUCCGGCGUGGGAAACGUGCGAAGGGCAAGGAGUCAGCCCCAGCCCCAGCCACCCAGGCGCCCACUGCAGGGGCGAGACCAUCCCAAAAGGAGGCCACACAGAAGGCGCCUAACGAGGCCGCCAAGAAAAAUAACGCGAGAAGGAGGCAGUUCCGACCCCCGCGAUCCUCGGCGAUAGUGCUAACGCUACAGCCGGGGGCCGCGGAGGCGGGAUCAAGUUACAGCUCGGUGCUCCGAGAGGCGCAACAAAACAUCCGGUUGGAUGCCCUCGGAAUCACCGAGCUGGGCUUUAGACUGGCGGUCACAGGGUCCCGCAUACUUGAAGUGCCGGGACCAGUGGAGGAAAGCGGCGGAAAGGCGGAUGCCCUCGCCGCCAAGCUGUCGGAGAUCCUGCCGGCAGAUGUAGUUGCCGUCACCAGGCCGGUCAAGUCCGCGGAGUUCCGCGUCUUGGACCUGGACGACGCCACUGCCACAGCAGACGUGGUGACAGCCGUAGCGCGUGAGGGAGACUGCGCCGAGGCCUCCGUGAAAACGGGGGAGAUCCGGCGCUCUCCCUCAGGGAGUGGCUCCGUCUGGGUCCGAGCCCCGAUAGGAGCAGUGAAGCGGCUGGUGGAUGCCGGCAAACUCAAGGUGGGGUGGACAAUGGCACGGGUGCGGUCCUUGGAUCCCCGGCCGAUGCGGUGCUACCGCUGCCUGCUCACGGGUCACGUGGGCCAGCGGUGCACCGCCAAGGAGAACCGCGGCGGAGCUUGCUUCCGUUGCGGACAAGACGGCCAUAAGGCCGCAACGUGCACCGCCCCUUCGCCGCAUUGCCCGUAUUGUGCAGCGGCGAAGAGGAAGGCGGACCACAAAAUUGGGAGCACCAAAGGGUGCCGUCCGCCCAAACAGGCGGCGAGAGUGGAGGCGAUGGAGGCCGAGUCCGGCCCGUCACCUCCCACCACGGGCCUCGCGGCAGCCGAUGCGGGGGCGUCGGCUGUCACCUAA